UCAAAUGGUAACAUUCCCAUUCCGGGCCAGCAGGACAAGGAGAAUUUCCAGGAGACGAUGGAGGCCAUGCACAUCAUGAGUUUCUCCCAUGACGAGAUUGUCUGCAUGUUGAAGGUGGUCUCUGCAGUGCUGCAGUUUGGAAACAUUGUUUUUAAAAAGGAGAGAAACACCGAUCAAGCUUCAAUGCCUGAGAAUACAGCGGCACAGAAGCUCUGCCACCUGCUUGGAAUGAAUGUUAUGGAGUUUACCAGAGCUAUCCUCACCCCGAGGAUCAAAGUGGGGCGAGACUAUGUGCAGAAGGCACAGACCAAAGAACAGGCUGACUUUGCUGUUGAAGCCUUGGCUAAGGCGACGUAUGAGCGGCUGUUCCGCUGGCUGGUCCAUCGCAUCAACAAGGCGCUGGAUAGGACCAAACGGCAGGGGGCGUCCUUCAUUGGCAUCCUGGACAUUGCUGGCUUUGAGAUCUUUGAGCUGAACUCAUUUGAGCAGCUGUGCAUCAACUACACCAACGAGAAGCUGCAGCAGCUCUUCAACCACACCAUGUUCAUCCUGGAGCAAGAGGAGUACCAGAGGGAGGGCAUCGAGUGGAGCUUCAUCGACUUCGGCCUUGACCUGCAGCCCUGCAUCGACCUCAUCGAGAGACCGAAUAACCCCCCUGGCAUUCUCGCCCUGCUGGAUGAGGAGUGCUGGUUUCCCAAGGCCACUGACAAGACGUUUGUAGACAAAGUGCUGCAGGAGCUGGGCACACAUAGCAAGUUUCAGAAGCCACGUCAACUCAAAGACAAAGCUGACUUCUGCAUCAUCCACUAUGCAGGAAGGGUGGACUAUAAAGCUGAUGAAUGGCUUAUGAAGAACAUGGAUCCUCUGAAUGACAAUGUAGCCACGCUGUUGCACCAAUCAACUGACAAGUUUGUGGCCGAGCUCUGGAAAGAUGACAUUCAGACGUUUCAGAGAGCCUCUUUCUAUGACAAUGUGUCUGGGCUCCAUGAAGCUCCAGUUGACCGGAUAGUGGGACUGGACCAGGUUGCGGGCAUGAAUGAGACAGCGUUUGGUGCUGCCUACAAGACCAAGAAGGGCAUGUUUCGCACCGUGGGGCAGCUGUACAAGGAGCAACUGUCUAAGCUCAUGGCCACACUGAGGAACACCAACCCCAACUUUGUCCGCUGCAUCAUCCCCAACCAUGAAAAAAGGGCUGGUAAACUGGACCCCCACCUGGUUCUGGACCAGCUGAGGUGUAAUGGUGUGCUUGAGGGGAUCCGUAUCUGCAGACAGGGCUUCCCCAACCGCAUCGUCUUCCAGGAGUUUAGACAAAGGUAUGAGAUCCUCACUCCUAACGCCAUUCCCAAGGGCUUCAUGGAUGGCAAGCAGGCCUGUGAGAGAAUGAUUCAAGCCCUAGAGCUGGAUGGCAACCUUUUCCGAAUUGGCCAGAGUAAGAUCUUCUUCAGGGCCGGAGUCCUCGCCCACUUAGAGGAAGAGAGGGACCUGAAAAUCACGGACAUCAUCAUUUACUUCCAGGCUGUUUGUCGAGGAUAUCUGGCACGCAAGGCCUUCGCUAAGAAACAACAGCAGCUCAGUGCGCUAAAGGUUCUCCAGAGAAACUGUGCCGCUUACUUAAAGCUGCGUCACUGGCAGUGGUGGAGACUCUUCACUAAGGUGAAGCCCCUGCUGCAGGUGACCAGGCAGGAAGAAGAGUUGCAGGCUAAGGAUGAAGAGCUGGUCAAAGUGAAGGAGAAGCAGAUGAAGGUGGAGGGAGAGCUGGUGGAGAUGGAGAGAAAACAUCAGCAGCUAAUGGAAGAGAAGAACAUCUUAGCCGAGCAGCUGCAAGCGGAGACAGAGCUGUUCGCAGAGGCCGAGGAGAUGAGAGCUCGUCUUGCUUCCAAAAAACAAGAGCUGGAGGAGAUCCUCCACGACCUGGAGUCCAGGCUGGAGGAAGAAGAAGAGCGGAGCCAAGAGCUGCAGAACGAGAAGAAAAAGAUGCAGUCCCAUAUCCAGGACCUGGAAGAACAGUUGGAUGAGGAGGAGGCUGCCAGGCAGAAGCUGCAGCUGGAGAAAGUGACGACUGAAGCUAAAAUGAAGAAAUACGAAGAGGACAUUUUGCUGCUGGAGGACCAGAACUCCAAGUUCCUCAAGGAAAAGAAGCUGCUUGAGGACAGAAUCAAUGAGGUGACCUCGAUGCUAGCUGAAGAGGAAGAGAAGGCCAAGAACCUGGGCAAGGUCAAAAACAAGCAGGAAAUGAUGAUGGUCGACCUGGAGGAGAGGCUGAAAAAAGAGGAGAAGACCCGACAGGAGCUAGAGAAGGCUAAGAGGAAGCUGGAUGGGGAGACGUCCGACUUUCAGGACCAGAUAUCAGAGCUUCAGUCCCAGAUAGAAGAACUUAAAAUGCAGCUGAGCAAGAAAGACGACGAGCAGCAGAUGAUGCAGGCGAGGAGCGAGGAAGAAGUCAGCCAUAAGAACAAUGCUCUGAAGCAGAUUCGGGAGCUGCAGGCGCAGCUGUCUGAGCUGCAGGAGGACCUCGAGUCCGAAAAACAGGCCAGGAACAAGGCUGAGAAACUCAAGAGGGACUUGAGUGAAGAGCUUGAGGCCUUGAAGACUGAACUGGAGGACACCCUCGACACAACUGCAGCCCAGCAGGAGCUUAGGACCAAGCGUGAACAGGAGGUUGCAGAGCUGAAGAAAGCCAUUGAGGAGGAGACUAAAAACCACGAGGCUCAGAUCCAGGAGAUGCGACAGAGGCAUGCCACAGCCCUAGAAGAGCUGUCCGAACAGCUCGAACAGGCAAAGAGGUUCAAGGCUAACCUGGAAAAGACCAAACAGAGCCAAGAGACUGCCAACAAGGAGUUGGCCAGCGAGGUCAAGAGCCUGCAGCAGGCAAAGCAAGAGUCCGAACACAAGAGGAAGAAGCUGGAGGCUCAGCUGCAAGAAUUCAUGGCCAGGGUCACUGAAGGAGAGAGGGCUAAGGGAGAACUGGCUGAGCGCUCACACAAACUGCAGACUGAGCUGGACAAUGUGUCUACCAUGCUGGAAGAUGCAGAGAGGAAGGGGAUCAAGUUGGCCAAAGAUGUCGCUGGGCUAGAGAGUCAACUGCAAGACACACAGGAGCUACUCCAGGAGGAGACCCGCCAGAAACUAAACCUCAGCAGUCGAAUUCGCCAGCUGGAAGAGGAGAAAAACACUCUGCAGGAGCAGCAGGAGGAGGAUGAGGAGGCACGCAAGAAUCUGGAGAAACAGAUGUUUACCUUACAGGCUCAGCUGUCAGAGAGCAAGAAGAAGCUUGAAGACGAUGUUGGAACAAUUGAAGGUCUGGAGGAGACGAAGAAGAAGCUGCAGAAGGACCUGGAACUGGCCAACCAGCGUCUGGAGGAGAAGACGAUCGCUUUUGAAAAAAUGGAGAAGACCAAGACUCGUCUGCAGCAGGAGCUAGAUGAUCUAACUGUGGACUUGGACCACCAGAGACAGAUCGUCUCCAACCUGGAGAAGAAACAGAAGAAGUUUGACCAGAUGCUGGCUGAGGAGAAGAGCAUCUCGGCUCGUUAUGCUGAGGAGCGUGACCGUGCUGAAGCUGAGGCCAGAGAGAAGGAGACCAAAGCUUUGUCCAUGGCCAGAGCCUUGGACGAGGCACUGGAAGCCAAAGAGGAGCUAGAGAGGAUUAACAAGCAGCUCCGCGCUGAAAUGGAGGAUCUGAUGAGCUCGAAGGACGACGUGGGCAAGAAUGUCCAUGAGCUGGAGAAGUCGAAGCGCACGCUGGAGCAGCAGCUGGAGGAGAUGAAGACUCAGCUGGAGGAGCUGGAGGACGAGCUGCAGGCCACAGAGGACGCCAAGCUGCGCCUGGAGGUCAACAUGCAGGCCAUGAAGGCCCAGUAUGAGAGAGACCUGCAGGGCCGGGACGACCAGAACGAUGAGAAGAAGAGAGCACUGGUCAAGCAGGUGCGAGAGAUGGAGGCGGAGUUGGAGGAUGAGAGGAAGCAGAGAGCUUUGGCUGUGGCUGCUAGAAAGAAGCUGGAGAUGGACCUGAAGGAUAUAGAGGGUCACAUAGAAGGAGCCAACAAGGCUCGAGACGAAGCCAUCAAACAGCUGCGCAAGUUACAGGCCCAAAUGAAAGACUACCAGAGGGAGCUGGAAGACACUCGAGCUUCCAGAGACGAUAUUUUUGCCCUAUCCAAGGAAAACGAGAAGAAGCUCAAGAGCCUGGAGGCAGAGAUUGUACAGCUACACGAGGACUUAGCAGCGUCUGAGAGGGGACGACGCCACGCGGAGCAGGAGCGCGAUGAACUGCAAGAUGAAAUCUCAAACAGCACCUCUGGGAAGACUGCUCUGAUGGAUGAGAAGAGAAGGCUGGAGGCUCGCAUCGCCCAGCUGGAGGAGGAGCUGGAAGAGGAGCAGGGCAACAUGGAGCUACUCAAUGACCGCUUCAGAAAGACAACCAUGCAGGUGGACACUCUGACUACAGAGCUGAGCGCAGAGCGCAGCACAGCCCAGAAAAGCGAAAAUGCUCGCCAGCAACUGGAGCGUCAAAACAAGGAGCUGCGGGCCAAGCUGGGCGAGCUGGAGGGUUCUGUGAAGAACAGGUUCAAGGCCUCCAUCACUGCCCUGGAGGCCAAAAUAGCACAGCUGGAGGAACAGCUGGAGCAGGAGGCAAGGGAGCGAGCGGCAGCCAACAAGAUCGUCAGAAGGACCGAGAAGAAGCUAAAAGAAGUCUGCAUGCAAGUGGAGGAUGAGCGUCGCCAUGCCGACCAGUUUAAAGAGCAAGUGGAAAAGGCCAACUCCCGUAUGAAGCAGCUGAAGCGGCAGCUGGAGGAGGCUGAAGAGGAGGCCACGAGGGCCAACGCUUCACGUAGGAAGCUGCAGAGAGAACUGGAUGACGCCACCGAGGCCAGCGAGGGCCUGAGCCGUGAGGUCCACACUCUCAAGAACCGCCUCAGGUGA